AUGGAGUUUGAGACAAUGAAGAUGGCAGAGAGUGAGGAUGCAGCAGAGACAAUAGCAAUAGACUCUAACAAUCAGCCGAAGUCUCCACUGGAAAAGUUUAUGGUCAGACUGUGUACACAUCACCAAAAGCAAUUCAUUCGUGUGCUGAACGACAUAUACACUGAAGUACAACCAGACUCUGAAGGCCAGCAGUUGUCUGAAUCCGAGAGCAUGGAGGCCUCUACUUGUGGCUCUGGUUGUAGCCAGCGAAGCACUGAAAAUCAGGAUAAGGGUGCUACUUGUACUGAAUCAAAGCCCCCUUCUUCCUCGGAUCCGGGACAAUUGGGGUCUGAUGGCCCCCUGCAUGUUACAGGACAAACCCCAAAGCAGCUGGUGGAGCUGAGGUCUCUGGACAGAGCAGAGAGCUCCAGUCCUGUUUUGAGGAGGGACUUCUCCGAGCUCCCCGUCACCAGGCUUCGUUCUGCUAGUCCAAAGGAUAGCUCCACCCAGGGAUACCUCAGCACGUUGAACUCUUCCUCUUUGAAUUUCCAUCAUGCUGCAAAGAGCCUGGAAGGGCAGCAAGCCGCUGGACACGAGCAAGAAGCGGGUGUCAGAAAGUGUGAGGACAAUAAAGAGCAGCUAGCAGGUAAGACUCUCAUGGAAGGUUAUAUCUCGGUCAAAGUGGCAAAUGUGAACAGCAGCGAGGACAGCUUAGAUGGCUGUCUGGGGUCCCAAAAGAGCUCUUUCAGAGCUCUGCAGGAAGAGUCCUGGGAUCCUGGCUUUGCGGUGACCCCCCCUCGCAGAUCUGACAAAGAGAACACUUUGCAAUGCAGCUCGAAAGCAUCUUUGCACCAGGACUUAGAUGCAAAAGAACAAGAUGGGAGACCAAAGCAAGAAAACCACUUGCACACUGUGGCCAAGGGCAAGAAGGCAUCAGGGCUGAGGAUCAAUGACUAUGACAACCAGUGCGACGUGGUCUACAUCAGCCAGCCCAUCACCGAGUGCCAUUUCGAGAGCCAGCGGUCAGUGUCAUCCCGCAAGACGGCAAGGAAGAGCACGCGGGGGUACUACUUUAAUGGAGAGUGCUGCGAGCUCCCGACUGUCCGCACACUGGUGAAGAGCUCCCGGGUGGAGGAGAGGGGGAGCAGUCCGGCCCUGCGAACAGAGAACCUCGUAAGCACUAAGCCACCCCUGGUGCUCUCGGUGGGAGGGUCUGCUGGGGCAGGACGGGAAGAAGCACCCAGUGGGGAGGGAGGUUGUCCAGGCUCCGAUGUACAAACUGAUCCGGACACCCCUGCCAGCCCGGAGCCAAAGUCCCCCUUGCAGCCCUCCACCACUGCGGACACAGCACCCCUGGGCCAUGGUCCCAGGGAUCCUGCCCAGCUUCCAGGUGCAGGGGACACAGAGCCCUGUGAGCUGUGUCCGGCAGAGCCCUCCCCAUGCUCUCCAGGCCAGCAGGCUCCUGAUGACCUCCCUGCCACCGUGGAUGGGGAGACCCCCCCGGAGUCCCCUGCCACCUUGCAGUGCAUGGAUGUGAACAAAAGCAUUGAUGCUGAACCAGAAGCCAAGUUAUCAGGAAUGGCAGGUGAUGGCUUCCUUGAGGAAGAGGAGGCUGUGCCAGCCAGCACAGCCCUCCCCGAAAUCUCAGAAGGGGGGGCAGUGCAGAAUAACAGCCCAGCAGGUGAAAAAGAGCCUGUUGAGGGGAAAAUGCCACCUGAACCCGAUAGCUCAGACACUGCAGGGAAAGACUCUGUCUAUUCCAAAGACAGUCUGGACAAGAAGCGAAAGAAAGGCAGAAGAGUGCUUGUGGCAUCGGACCGACAUCUCCGAAGCCAGCAAUCCCAGGCACAUGCUGAGGGCAGUGCUGAGGAUGCCAGUUCUUCCAGCUCUGUGCAGCUUCCUUGCCUUCAGAUCAAACUCUCCAAGAGCCCUGGCGCUAAGCGGUUCAAGAGAGAAGUGCACGUGGAUGGGGCAGCAUCCGUGCACUUCCCAAACGACAGCUUCCCCAACGCACUGCUCAAAACCAGCGAGGGGCCAGGCACUAGCCAGGCUCCAGAGAACAUCGCUGAGUGGCAGCCAGGUGAGGAGAAUGGUGUCACUACCAGACAAAUCUAUAAAAGCAUCUUAGUGAAAGAGACUGCAGCAGAGGGAAAAGAUUCCUCUAAAGACGAGCCCCCUGCUAACAGCAGCCAAAGUCAACCGGGUGAGAUGCUGGAAAUUAGCAUCCAGGCUGAUUCUGAGAAGCGAAGCAUUCUCCUCCCUCCAGAGAGCAGCACGCCUCCAAAUGAUGCCAAGCAAGUGGAUGUGAAACCAGGUGAUGCCAGCGCAGAGGACCAGCAGAGCUCCGACAGUGCCAUGGACACGGGUAAGCUGGAGAACUACAAGCUGGUGGCCAAUUCGCCUCCAUGUCCUAGCAGCAGAGGUGGAAGCAAGCAUCUUCCAGCAAAGGCUGUAAAGCAUAAAAAGGUUGCUCUGCAGUUUUAUAAUUUAAGACAUGCACCCACACCUGUAGACACCGCAAAAAAAAGCACACCAGGGAAGGAGUCUAUGCAAGCGAUCCCCAAACUGAGGGAUGAAUGCAGUUCAGGGAAUGACGACUCCCUGGCAUUGGAGGACGUUGACUUGGCUGACAGCAAACCAAAGUUCAUGGAGUGGUGUGCUGAAGAGGAGAACCAGGAGCUUAUUGCCGAGUUCAACACCCAGUACAUGAAAGUUCAGAAGGGCUGGAUUCAGCUGGAGAAGGAGGUACAGCCAACCCCCAAGGUAAAGAACAAAUCUGACAAACUGAAAGAGAUUUGGAAAAGCAAGAAAAGGACACGGAAAAGUAGAGGGUCACUGGAAGUGCAGAAGCUUUCUCCUGUCCAGAUGCUGUUUAUGAAGGCCUUUAAGCUGUCCGACAUCUGCCAGUGGUUUCUGGAGACGACUGAAACCAGGUCUCUCGUGAUUGUGAAGAAACUCAACACCCGUCUCCCGGGGGAGAUCCCCCCCAUUAAAGUCCCCAUGCAGAAAUACUCCUCCUCCAGCCUGUAUCCCAGCUCACUGCAAGCCGAACGUUUGAAAAAACACCUCAAGAAGUUCGCUGCCACUACCCCGGCUCGGAAUAACCUGAAGAACCAAAAGCUUUGGGCCAAAAUUCGGGAGAAUGCUGAUAAAGCAGAGGCUGAAGAAGCCACCACUCCCAGCCAGAUGUCUCCCACCAACACUGGCAGUGAGGACCUGGGCGAAGAGAAAACCAUCCAGCCUGCCCCCAGCUUGCCCACGCAGGCCAGCACCAGGAUCCUGCGCAAGUACUCCAACCUGCGGGGCAAGCUGCGAGCCCAGCACCGCAUGGUGAAGGUGGAGAAGAAGAGUGAUAGCCUGGGGGACCACCCGUCCCUAGAGAGCAAGCAGAGCCGGAAAAGCGUGUGCAUCAACCCACUCAUGUCUCCGAAGUUGGCCUUGCAGAUCAAAGCAGCUGCCUUUCCUGCUAAAUCUCCAUCCGUGGAUGGGACAGGGAAGGGACGGAAGGGGAAGGGCAGGAAGAAGAGGACACUGAAGGAGAGCGGGAGCACCCAGGAGCGGUCCGGCUCCUCCACCAAGGACAAGCUGCCUGCGAAGAAGGCCAGUAAAAUAAAGCAUUCGGAGGUCAGCGCAAAAGCUCCUGCCACCCGAAAGCAGGCUGCCAUGGAAAGGAGCAAUAAGCUGGCUAGAAAAAUGUCCUUGAAAGAGAAGAGAGCCCGGAAAAAGCAGCUGGAGAAGGUGCGGCUCCCCACACGGAAAGGCAAGGAGAACACGAGCAGACGGGCUGUGCUGCUCCCUGGCCACGAGGAACUGGCCAAGUCCCCGAAGCAGAAGCCCCUGGGGGAGUCCUCCACACGGUCACAGAAGAUGGCCAACAAGAAGCCCAGCAGUGGGAAGACCCUGACGAGGUCCAUGAAGAAGAUGCAGGAGAGCAGUGGGUCGCAGGGCAAGAGGAAGCUGAGGGCAAAAGUGGACUGUUCACACAGCAAACGCUCGCGACUGGACCCAAAAUAG